UGAAUUCAAUUAAGGCGUCUGGUAGCCAAGCAACAGCCAGAAUGAGAAAUUUUAAAUUCAUUUUGAGAAAUUUUAAAUAUGAACAAUUCUGUACUCCAUAAAAAAUUAAAUUUUUUUUUUAUUUACUAUUUAAAGACAAAACGACUCUUUUAAAGAUAAACAGCUGCCAUUUUAUUUUCUUUCUUUAUUUUUUCGAUUUGAUGCUCGGUUGACACCACGGAAAAUGGAAUUUUUGGCAACGACAAAUGUAUGUGUAGCGUAGCGUAGGCCUUGAGCCAUGGUAAUGUUUGUGUAAUGUAAAGAAAUGCCGAAUAAAUCUGAAAAAGAAAAGUUUUCCACUGUUGUCACUGGAGAUAAUAAAAACGCUGUACCUCCACCUACACAGUUAACUAAAAUCAAAUACAGUGGUCCCCCAUAUAUCAAAAAAGACAAGCGACAAACUUCAUCUAGGUUUAAUAUAUCUAAAAACAGAGAACUGCAGAAACUACCUCUACUCAAAGAUGCGCAAGGUAAUGAGUGGGAAGAGUUGUUCAUCCAAAAGCUCCGGCAAUGUUGUGUACUAUUUGACUUUGCUACGGAUCCCCUCAGUGACUUGAAAUAUAAAGAAGUCAAGCGAGCUGCUUUAAAUGAAAUGCUUGACUAUAUUUUCACUCAAAGAGGAGUAAUAACAGAGGCAAUAUAUCCUGAAAUUGUACACAUGUUUAGUUGCAAUGUGUUUCGCACAUUACCGCCAUCAUCCAAUCCUAGUGGAGCAGAAUUUGAUCCUGAGGAAGAUGAACCUACUCUGGAAGCUGCUUGGCCACACCUUCAAUUGGUGUAUGAAUUUUUCCUCAGAUUUUUAGAAUCACCUGAUUUUCAGCCAAAUAUUGUUAAGCGUUACAUUGAUCAAAAAUUUGUUCUUCAGUUAUUGGAAUUGUUUGAUAGUGAAGAUCCACGUGAACGGGACUUCUUAAAAACUACGCUUCACAGAAUAUAUGGAAAAUUUUUGGGUUUAAGAGCAUACAUACGUAAGCAAAUAAAUAAUAUUUUUUACAGAUUUAUCUAUGAAACUGAACAUCAUAACGGUAUAGCUGAAUUGCUGGAAAUCUUAGGAAGUAUCAUAAAUGGUUUUGCCUUACCAUUAAAAGAAGAGCACAAAGUAUUCCUUUUGAAGGUCUUAAUGCCAUUGCAUAAAGUUAAAUCCCUUAGUGUGUAUCAUCCUCAGUUAGCUUAUUGUGUAGUACAGUUUUUAGAAAAGGAUCCAAGCCUCACAGAAUCAGUUGUCAAUAGUCUAUUAAAAUUUUGGCCUAAGAUGCACAGUCCUAAAGAGGUAAUGUUUUUAAAUGAAUUAGAAGAAAUCCUCGAUGUUAUUGAACCAGCCGAAUUUACCAAAGUAAUGGUGCCAUUGUUCAGACAGCUUGCAAAAUGUGUUUCAUCUCCCCAUUUUCAGGUCGCAGAGCGAGCUUUAUACUAUUGGAAUAACGAAUACAUUAUGAGUUUAAUCAAUGAUAAUGCCACAGUUUUGUUACCAAUUAUGUUUCCUUCUCUGUAUAGAAACUCAAAAUCUCAUUGGAACAAGACAAUUCAUGGGUUGAUUUAUAAUGCCUUGAAACUCUUCAUGGAGAUGAAUCAAAAGUUAUUUGAUGAGUGUGUACAAAAUUACAAGCUGGAUAGACACAGUGAAAAAGCAAAACUGAAAGAGCGAGAUGAAACAUGGUCUAAGAUAGAAAAUUUAGCUUUAAAGAAUCCUAAAUCUAAAGAAAUUGCACCAUUAAAUGCCAACCUAGCUAAUAAUUUGUCCGAAAAUGCAAUACCCGAUUUACCAACUCCAGUAGACGAGGAAUUUUUAAUGAAUUAUGAAAAAAUAGAAUAUGAAGCAAAAGAUGUAAAAAAACCAUUUCCAAAAGAAAAAACUCUUCUCCGUAGAAAAUCGGAACUCCCACAUGAUACAUUAACCUUGAAGGCUCUCUCGGACCACAAGCGGGUUGACGAAUAUUUAACUCCUGCUCCUUCUGAAAGUAUUUGAAAAUAGCAAUAAGUUAGGACAUGCUAAAUCUCUUUAAAAAAAAAUUCAUUCAAGGUGCUCAAUGUUUAUUUACAUUCCUAUUGAGCAAAAUAAAUAGACUGGAAUUCACACAACCUGAUUGAUAUUUAAUCAGUCACUUCAGUUUCUUUUAAUGGAAAGACAACUAAAACUUUGAAAGCACUUUUCUUCAGUUAAAAGGUUACAUAGCGAAGUGUAAUUAAUUUUUUUUUUUUAAUCCUUGGGCCCGUUUCUUUCUUGACCACAUUAGUAUAUUAUAUAUAUAUAUAUUGUAUGUAUGUAGAAUUAUCGGAUGCUCGCAUUGAAUUUUUGUCUCAUCUUCUGUGAUUUUGUGCUUUUAUCUUAUUGGUUGGUGAUUAUAGUUGCCUGUUUUUCCUUCUGAAAUAAUUUUUUUACCAAUGUUGGAAUGAAAAAAAAAAACAGUUUAUAUGAAUGUUGUAAAAUGAUAUGUAAACUGUGCAAAAAUGAUAUAUGAAGCUUAAAUUGUUAUGUGUCUUCCUUAAAGAUUCUGCUGUGUAAGUGCAUCGUUAAAAUAAACUGUACUAUGUAAUUAUAUAUAUAUAUUUUUUCUGGAUCAUAAAGGGGACAUUUUUACCAUUUCUUUGCUAAUACUUAAUUCAUCAUUAACAUUUCUUAGAUAAUUUAAUUUGAAAAAUAAAAGUUCGGCGGUUUAUUAGUAUGGCUUACAGGGCCAUGAACAUCCUAAUAACAUUUUAAGUAUUUCUAAAAUAAUUUUUUAAAUGAAUUUCAAUCAUCUUUUCUUUUUAUAAAAGAAAGAGAAGAACAUUGUGCACUUUUAUUACAGUUACUGCAUUCCCCAUGGUCAAGUAUUUCUGUGAUAUUAUAAGAAAAAAAACAGUUUAUACUUGAUUUAUUAUUUUCUAGUGAGAUUUAGUCACUGAAUAUGUGGCUUAGUUUUAGAAUUAAUGUUGGGAAUAUUAUAAUUUUCAUGAAUAUACAAUCUUUUGCAAAAGUGAAAUGUACAUGCAUUUUUGCUUUUUAAUUUUAAACAAGGCUGUUUAUGCGUAACUUAUUAAUAUUUUUUAAACAUUUAUCUCUUUAUUUUUUAAUUUGAAUAAAAUAUUUGAACCACAUAUCUUUGUGCCAUUAAUAUGCCAUUUGCAUUGUGAAUUCAUAUAUUGUUUCUUUCAUUGCUUUUGCUUUAUUUGUAAAAUAGAAAUUACUGAUCUAUACAUAUAUAUGUAAAUUUUAUUGUCUAAUAAGAAAAAGCUAAUUUUUUUUCUCAACAUCAGAAUAUUUUUAUUUUAAAGAUUGUAUAGGACGCAUACUGACAAUGAAAGGGGAAGGAGAAAAAAAAUUAAAUUGCCAUUUAAAUGCUUGCAGUAAAGUCGUGCAUGGUUAUUCAAAAAAAAUUUUUUUUAGCAUUUUUAAGUUAACAUUUAUUAAAUUUUGCUUAAAAAACAGAUUUUUUGAUUUCUUUCUAAUUAAAAAAAAAAUCAUUGUUCAAAAGCUUUAUAUAUUUAAAUUAAUCCUGUUUCUCACUGCUUCCAAGCAACAAAUAUAUCCUAUCAAUUGCAAUAGUCAUGGAAACAUUUUUAAGCAGAGGAUUCAGAUUUCAAAAAUAAAUAUGAAUAUUUUUUUAUUCUUAUUUAUUGUAAGGUCUCAAAAGUCAUUGCUUACUGUUGGCAUCAAAAGCUGUGUUUUACAAGCUAUUCAUAGCAGAAACUUUAAACAGUUUUAACAGAAGUCUUAAAACUAAGUAGGUACUCUAUAACUGUCACUUUGUAUUUGAAGGUUUUUCCACUAGAAUCAAAAGCCAUCAAGUAAACAAUGUGUAACAUAAGGGUAAAAAAAAUAUAUGUUUUACAGUUGGACCAAGGGAAAAAACAUGUAAAUAUAUUUCAAAUUUAGUCUAUAUUCAGAAUUAGGGUUUAAAAGAUACAUUCAUAUCUAUUUACUGAAAUUAAUUUUUUUUAACUUUAAAAUUGUUUAUUUGAGAGCAUAUUUUCUUACUAUAUAGAUACAAUAGCUUAUGAAUCGAAUUAUAUGAAAUAUUGCGUUAAUUACCAGUACUUGUAUUUAAAUUCAAUAAAAAGUUUGUUAGUAUCAGUUUUAUCAAGUGUUUUAAGGUAAGUUAGGAAAAAUAAUUUUUGGAAAAUAAGUUUGUCUUAAUGAUUAAAUUUUAAAUGUUAAUACUUCUAUUACACAUAUUACAAUAAAUGCUAAUUUUUUUUAAAAACAUUUAAUAACGAAGUUCCCAUCCCCACUUACAAAUGUUUGAUGUGUGCCCCCUUUUUUGUAAAGUUCAUUUCUUGCAUUUUUCAGUUACACGCUGUCAGUGAUUGCUGAGGCAAACAAAAUCAAACUGUAUGUAAUAAAAAGAAGCUAAAAUUGGAAUAAGAAAUUGAAGUGUAGUUAGUAAGAAAUAACAAAUGGAAUAUUUUUUUUUAUCAGGCUUAUUAAUUUAAAUGAGAAGGAUGGAACUUUUUUCUGUCACCAAGUUCAGCUCGAUGUAGAAAUCAAGGUUAGUCACCGGUGUCUUGCAAUUGACGAUCACUACCCCCAAAUACUAUUUAUGAACCACCAAUACUGAAAACACUGCAAGAACUUGAGGGCAUUUGUAUAACAUUGGAUAGUGUGAAACUACUAAAUGUAUGGAAUGAACCUAAUUUAAAAAUUAGGUGUUAGGCUUGUGACUAAAAGUUCACGCAGAACAUUAGUAGCUUAAAAACACUUUGCCUAUUUUUCUUUAAUAUCAUGCAUCAUUUAUUGUAACAUGUGUAAAAUUUUCAAAAACAUUUAAAAUCCAGUCAUACAUGUCUGCAAACCAUGGCUAGAAUAAAAUGGUUUAUAGUAUAUUAGGCCAAACGUUUUAAAAAAAAUUUUAAUAUUAUUUUAUUGUGUUGGUUUUAUUUUUGCUGGGCACUGUUAUUUCAUAAAAUUAUAAUGUAAUUUUUCUAUAUUUAAAACUGUCAUUUAUUUUAAUAUUUUACUCAAGUAGUGAAAAAUGAUUUAUUUUUAAUUGAUUUCUUUUUUGUGAUGGGUUGUAUUCAAACUAAUUCAUAUUCAUAUAAAUUAACCAAAUAAGUAAAAAAAAUUUCUUCUAAAACAGAAUUUUCUCAAUUCGAUCAAAAAUAAAUUAAUUGUGUUAGUAUUUUUUUCAGUUUAUUUAUUUUUUACUUAAAAAGAUUCAACCUUAGUUCAGGUGCAAUAAAAGUUAUAAUUUUUUUUUACUAAUAAAAUUAAGAAGAAAUACAUGUCUUUUGAAUUAUACUUUCUUAAAUUAAUUAGCUUCAUUUUGUUUUCUUUUUUAGUUUAUAGGAUAUUAAAAAUCAUCUAAGUUUAAUCGAAACGAUUCAAUUUGCUUACUUGUAUUUUUAUUUAGCUAUUAUAUAUAUCCGUAUAAUGUUGCAGAUAUUUAUAGUGUGAACACUAAUCCAGUUUCAAGAAGUUAAUUUUCUAAGGUUUUUAGCUCAUAGUGUUUCUGUAGCUUUGUAAUUCAUCUGUAACAAAUAUUCAUGUAUGCAUAUUUGUCUAUAGGCCUGUGUGAGGACUGCUAACAAAAGUUGUUCUUGAGACCAAUUUAUCUGCAUGAUAGACUUUAGUUCAUCAUUAGUUUGGGACAAUUUUAAAUAGGAAGUGCAACAUAUAAAAGAACAUUAUUCAAAGUUAAAAAUACAAAAACCAAAAAAAAAAGUUAGGAUUUAUGUGACUGGUGUAAAGCUGAAGACUUUGUUCUUGAUGUUAAAGUUGCCUGGUUGAUUGUUGCCUAUUUUUUUAAUUGCUAAGUAAGUCAUGCAAAAUAUUGCAGUACAAUAAAUUCAUUGAUUGUAAAUGUA